UAUAGUUAAGAUACAUCGAACACAUCCUGGUUAAGAGGGCCAAACAGAUCAGUUGAAACGGUCAGGCGGUCGGUCAGGCGUCGUUAAAUCCACGAAGAUCUUUUUAAUUAGUUCAACGUUACUAUGCUGUUUUGUUAAGAUUCCACCUAAUUUCAACAAAAGGUAUCGAAAUACUAGUUUCUCACCGCGGCCAUUACUGAUCAUCAACGAGAGUUUCAAGAGUGAAAAACAAAGUGAAGAGAUAUUUCCGUAAGUAGCAACAUCUACUGAUAGGCUUUUGGUAGAACUAACUUUGUAUUAUUACGCUCAUUCGGGACUAGAUUUAAGCUUACCUUGCAUUUAUUCUUAUAUUUAUUGUAAUGUAGCGUUUUUCUCACAGUCUCACAAGAUUAUCUGUCACGUGAUCAGUUAGUCCAGUUUUCUACAAUGGCUAUAGUUUUUUAGUACACUUAUCAUGCCCUUUACUUGAUUAGCUUGACUUGAAGGCAAUUGCUUCAGAAAACUGCAUCAAGCAGAGCAGUUUUUAUCGUGUGUCCUAAAACGAAGACCAAGAUUAUCACUAUAGCCAGUUAGGGAAAAGGGAAACAUCUAUAGUUAGCCAAUUAGAACUCUCAGUUAAGACAAGCAAACUGCACUAGGUUCAGGAAAACACAACUAAUCCAGUUGCCUUUGGCUCUGGUUUACUUCUGACUGGUUUAGAUUGUGAGAAAAGUUUUGUAGACCAAUUACAGACAAAAGGAAAGAAAAAUGACAUUAGAUUCUUAAAGAUCCAGUAAAAAUUUCCCUUGGUGGUUCUGAAAUGCAAUGCAAUUCAGCUCAUGACCUCAGCUCAAUUUUGAUCAACAUUGUAGAAGGAAUAGAGGCACCAGUGUAAAGCUAAUAGUUUGAAGAAUGACUGGCUUAGGAUUUUGCUUUUUGAGACUCUUGGUUUGAAUUUGAUGCAACAAAACUCUAGUGGACUUGAAGAAGUCUUGUUAAGUGUCUAAGUGGAGUACUUAAGUGAUGUUCAAUACUUAUGUGUUGAUAACUAAACUGACCUAGUUCCAUUUUAAGUUUUAACUAAUCAACAGUGUUAAGUUAUAAGAAGAAACCUUGGAGCUCCCAUCCUAGUUUUAGAUAACAACUCAAACUUGUUUGUCUUUGUUAUAUGGGUUGGUCAUUGUAGUUGUUGUACUGGUUGGUAUAAAAAGCUAUUUUGUAGCAAUUUUUUAGGCGGAGAAGUACUCUACAUGUUAGUCAUCAUUUGUAUUGUACAAAACAAAGUUCCUUUAUUAAAUCAAAUGAAACAUGCAAUUUAUUGGUUGAAAGACAGCAAUAGAAAUAAUAGUUAUUGUCAUGGUUAUUACUAAUAAUAUUAAUAAAUUACUGCAUGUAAUAAUUUUUCGGCUCAAAUAUUUAAUAGAAUCAUCAAAUGGCCACUGAUGUCGUCAAGAAGCAAUCAGCUAAAGGAUGAAAUUCUUAAUCAGAUUGCAGAGCAGAUAAAGGGAGUAAGUGUUGGUUGCUGUGGUCUACACGUUUGUCAUCACUAGUUUGUUGUUGCAGUGAUAUUAGUCAGGGCGUGAAAUUAAUUUUUUUUUCUGAUAGCCACUUGGCUCCUAAAUUCUUCAAAGUGGUAGCCAAUUCAAAAAAAGUUGGUCGCCAUUUUCAAACACAAACAAACCCCUUUUUUUACGCUGUCAUCAUUCUAGAAAUUAAGUUAGGGAAAAGAUCUUUAACUUGCUGCAAAGUGGACAAUAGAAUGGAUAAUAUGCAACGUUCAAGCUCACCUAAAUCCAUCCUAAAUCUAGUUAUCGAUCGAGAGGCAUGUGCUGCAUUUUGGAAACAAACUUAAUGAGGAAGUUUGCUGCGGAUUUAUCUUUGCAAAUCUUUUUAAUUUACUAUAUCUCUAGGUAAGGUUAUGAUGAAACAUUCUAGUCGCCAAUUUGGCGACUAAUUUUUAGGAUUUGGUCGCCAAAGUAAAAAAUUUAGUCGCAUUGGCACCUGUAUUAGGCGCAAUUUCACGCCCUGUUAGAUUUCUAGAAAUCUGUAUUUACUAAUUCAUAAUAGUUUUAACUUACUGAUUGCUGGCUUUAUUUGACAUUUAAUUUACAACCCAUCUUUUAUUUCAGUUCAAAUUAUGAUGAAUGCAGGUACUGCUAUUUAAACAAAAUUUAAUAUGUCUUUUCACUGUAAUGUGUGACUUUGUGAUUAUAGUUACAGCUUGGACAUCAAACAGCCUUAGAUGACGGUAAAACUGACUUUCAGGUCACUGCGAACAAUAUUCACCUACAAUGCUUGUUGGACCUCUUAGAUCACUUUCUACUUCAUGGGUAAGCCAAUUAUUUCAAAGAGGUGAAAGUUAUCUUGCUCUAUAUUGAUGUGAAAGCAUAAAGUGCCUUUCCCAAUGAUCAAUAAAUGCUUUCCUGUCUUUCACCUUAUUCGUAGCUGUGGGGUUUAAAUUAUUCAAAGUGCUUACAGUAAAAAAGUUGCAAGGUUAUAUUUCAACUGCCCAAAACAAAAACAUAGCAUGCUAAUCUUUGUGCUUUUAUGGACUGGUCAAGGCAUGCUAUGUAUUGUUUCAUAAGGUAAUAAGGUAACGAGGAAAAAAUGUAUGUGGCAGCAUACAUGUAUGUGUAUUGCUGCCAUAUACAUUUAUACUUUAUUAUCCUAUUACCAUAUUACACCAUUAUGUAUUACUACCACAUACAUUUUUACCUUAUAACCUUUUCACACCCUGUUUUGCUGCCACAUACAUUUUUACCUUAUUACCUUUUUACACCCUGUUUUGCUGCCACAUACAUUUUUACCUUAUUACCUUUUUACACCCUGUUUUGCUGCCACAUACAUUUUUCUCCCAUUACCUUAUUACACCAUAUAUUGCUGCCACAUACAUUUUUACCUUAUUACCUUUUUACACCCUGUUUUGCUGCCACAUACAUUUUUACCUUAUUACCUUUUUACACCCUGUUUUGCUGCCACAUACAUUUUUACCUUAUUACCUUUUUGCACCCUGUUUUGCUCCCACAUACAUUUUUACCUUAUUACCUUUUUACACCCUGUUUUGCUGCUACAUAUAUUUUUACCGUAUUACCUUUUUACACCCUGUUUUGCUGCCACAUACAUUUUUGCCUUAUUACCUUUUUACACCCUGUUUUGCUGCAACAUAUAUUUUUCUCCCAUUACCUUAUUACACCAUAUAUUGCUGCCACAUACAUUUUUACCUUAUUACCUUUUUACACCCUGUUUUGCUGCCACAUACAUUUUUACCUUAUUACCUUUUUACACCCUGUUUUGCUGCCACAUACAUUUUUACCUUUUACACCUUGUUUUGCUGCCACAUACAUUUUUCUCCCAUUACCUUAUUACACCAUAUAUUGCUGCCGCAUACAUUUUUACCUUAUUACCUUUUUACACCCUGUUUGUUGCCACAUACAUUUUUACAUCAUUACCUUUUUACACCUGUUUUGCUGCCGCAUACAUUUUUACCUUAUUACCUUUUUACACCCUGUUUUGCUGCAACAUACAUUUUUACCUCAUUACCUUUUUACACCCUUUUUGUUGCCACAUACAUUUUUGCCUUAUUACCUUUUUACACCCUGUUUUGCUGCAACAUACAUUUUUUUCUUAUUACCUUUUUACACCCUGUUUUGCUGCUGCAUACAUUUUUACCUUCUUGUCUUUUUACACCCUGUUUUGCUGCUGCAUACAUUUUUACCUUCUUGUCUUUUUACACCCUGUUUUGCUGCAACAUACAUUUUUACCUUCUUACCUUUUUACACCCUGUUUUGCUGCCACAUACAUUUUUACCUUAUAACCUUUUUACACCCUGUUUUGCUGCUGCAUACAUUUUUACCUUAUUACCUUUUACACCCUGUUUUGCUGCAACAUACAUUUUUACCUUAUUACCUUUUUACACCCUGUUUUGCUGCAACAUACAUUUUUACCUUAUUACCUUUUUACACCCUGUUUUGCUGCAACAUACAGUUUUACCUUAUUACCUUUUUACACCCUGUUUUGCUGCAACAUACAUUUUUACCUUAUUACCUUUUUACACCCUGUUUUGCUGCAACAUACAUUUUUACCUUAUUACCUUUUUACACCGUUUUGCUGCCACAUACAUUUUUACCUUAUUACCUUUUUACACCCUGUUUUGCUGCCACAUACAUUUUUACCUUAUUACCUUUUUACACCCUGUUUUGCUGCAACAUACAUUUUUAUCUUAUUACCUUUUUACACCCUGUUUUGCUGCAACAUACAUUUUUACCUUCUUACCUUUUUACACCCUGUUUUGCUGCCACAUACAUUUUUACCUUAUUACCUUUUUACACCCUGUUUUGCUGCUGCAUACAUUUUACCUUAUUACCUUUUUACACACUGUUUUGCUGCCACAUACAUUUUUACCUUAUUACCUUUUUACACCCUGUUUUGCUGCCACAUAUAUUUUUACCUUAUUACCUUUUUACACCCUGUUUUGCUGCAAUAUACAUUUUUACCCUAUUACCUUUUUACACCCUGUUUUGCUGCCACAUACAUUUUUCUCCCAUUACCUUAUUACACCAUUUAUUGCUGCCACAUAAAUUUUUACCCUAUUCCCUAUUUACACCCUGUUUUGCUGCCACAUACAUUUUUACCUUAUUCCCUAUUUACACCCUGUUCUGCUGCCACAUACAUUUUUACCUUAUUCCCUAUUUACACCCUGUUCUGCUGCCACAUACAUUUUUACCUUAUUCCAUAUUUACACCCUGUUUUGCUGCCACAUACAUUUUUCUCCCAUUACCUUAUUAAACCAUAUAUUGCUGCAACAUACAUUUUUACCUUAUUCCCUAUUUACACCCUGUUUUGCUGCCACAUACAUUUUUCUCCCAUUACCUUAUUACACCAUAUAUUGCUGCCACAUACAUUUUUCUCCCAUUACCUUAUUACACCAUAUAUUGCUGCCACAUACAUUUUUACCUUAUUACCUUUUUACAACAUGUAUUGCUGUCACACACAUUUUUCCUUAUUCCUUUAUUACCCAAUUACACCCUGUUUUGCUGCCACAUACAUUUUUACUUUGUUGCCUUAUUACAAUACAGCCAAACCUCGAUUAUCCAGACCUUGAUUAUCCAUAUUUCUCGAUUAUCUGGAUUUUUUCUCUGAUCCCAAUUUUGUCAUGAAUAUUUUUAAGUCAUGAUGAAUAUCCAUAGCCACAUUCUUUUUAAACCACAGCAUUGAAAAAUGAAGCAAAAGUGAGUUUGUUUUGCUUUCAAAAAGCAAAAGCAGUACUUGCACACAUCAUAAUUAAUGAGGAAAAUUCAAAUGAGGUCAUAUUAGCUUAAAGUUGCUUUGUUGCUAAGUGAGAUUUCAUGCUCAAUCAGUUUGUUCAGUGUAGUAGGCAUGAUGAACAAGCUACACAGCAUUACAAAUUUUCGAGGUUCCAGGGCGUGAAAUUGUGCCUAAUACAGGCACCAAUGCGACUAAAUUUUUCACUUUGGCGACCAAAUCCUGAAAGUUAGUCGCCAAAUUGGCGACUACAACGUUUCAUCAUACCCUACCAAGAGAUAUAGUGAAUUAAAUAAAUUUGCAAAGAUAAAUCCGCGGCAAACUUCCUUGUUUAGUUUGUUUCCAAAACGUAGCACAUGUAUCUCGAUCGAUAACUAAACGCCAUUUUGGAUUUAGAUGAGCCUGAAGGUUGUAUAUCAUACACCCUAGUGUCCACUUUGUAGCACGUUAAAGAUCUUUUCCCUAACUUAAUUUUGGAGGGUCUAUCUAGAACGCUGACAGCGUAAAGAAAGAUUUUGUUUGUCUUUGAAAAUGGCGACCAACUUUUUUUGAAUUGGCUACCACUUUGAAGAAUUCAGGAGCCAAGUGGCGAUCAGAAAAAAAAGUUAAUUUCACGUCCUGGGUUCGAUUGUAUCUAUUGCUGCCACAGACAUUUUUACCUUGUUACCUUAUUUCACCGUGUUGAGCAUAUGAUGAGAGGCUAGGGUUUGAAUCAGGCAGGUUAAAAUACAUUAAAUGUACUUGUAUGUUGGAAAUCCAGCCCGAAGCUCAAGUCAGUAAGGCUUUGAAACUGGCUUGUUGCACAAAUUAAAAUUAAUGAAGAUUUUAAAUAUAUGAUAUAUGUGGUGAAGAGAUGAAAUUAAGAGAUCCUCACAGCUAAGAACACUACUGAAACGAGUAGUUGACAAUAGCACCUGAAAAAAAUUCAGGCCCUUACGGGAUUUGAACCCAUGACCUCUGCAAUACCAGUGCAGCACUCUACCAACUGAGCUAACAAGCCAACUGGGAGCUGGUCAAUGUGUUGGGUCCAAAUAAACCAUCCAAGUAAUGAAUGAAGAUUUUAGAUACAUGAAUUUCAUAUAUUUGCACUGCAGUGAAGAGAUAAAUUUAAGAGAUCCUCGCAGCUAACUACUCAUUUCAGUAGUGUUCUUAGCUGCGAGGAUCUCUUAAUUUCAUCUCUUCACCGCAGUGCAAAUAUAUAGCUCCCAGUUGGCUUGUUAACUCAGUUGGUAGAGCAGUGCACCGGUAUUGCAGAGGUCAUGGGUUCAAAUCCUGUACAGACCUGAAUUUUUUUCAGGUCCUAUUUUCAACUACUCAUAUUAAUAGUGUUCUUAGCUGCGAGGAUCUCUUAAUUUUGAUUAAAAUUAGUUGUUCUAUUCUUUGACCCAUGGCAUUUCUUUUGGAUCUUUAUUAGCAUAAACAACAGUGAACAAAAUUUACCUUUUUUCCCCAAUUUUUUUUUCAUCAAACCAGGGAUGUGGCCUAUCUGCAAGAACAUCUGAAAAAAUGCAUUACAAAUUUGCAUGAAUUAACGAUACCUAUAAUAAAUUUCUUAAUCUGUGUAGCAAGCUAACAAAAACUUCUAUAAAAAUACCAAGGUACAUGUGAAUCAUUGAUUUUGUGAGGUCUCUAAUUAGUACUCUCCAGUUCUUAGUACAUUGUAUUUUGUCUUGUUUGGCAAUAAUUAGGUUGGAGAAAACUGAAUUUGGUUACUGGCCAUUUGUGAAAGAGCUCACCCACUCAGAAACAGUAAGACAGAUUGUCAGCCACCCUCAAGUAACUACUGAGUUAGAUAAAGGUGUGUACAUGGAAUUAAAAGCUUACUCUAAUUGCUUUUUCAGCCUGAGCUAGGCAUGUUUUUUGAGAAUUCUUUACUUCAGUAACUGGGAAGAAAGGUUGAAAAGAAGGGUCUUUGCUAAUCAUAUUGUUACAGUAUCCUUUGGAUUUUAUGCCAAGUUGUGAUGUUUUAACUGUGAAUUAACUGAACUUACACCCUAUUAGUUUGAAGCAAAACAGAACUCUGUGAACCAAAGUAUUUCAGUAGCAGCUGGUGUAGCAAAACUUGUCAAAUUUACAAGGGCUGUACUCAAUUUUAGCUGUUAGUUUAGCUGAAAUUGAAUUAUAGCUUGUUGUAUUUCAAAAAUAAAACUAUUUAUAAAACAUGUGAGGAAUCUUUUUAUGGGUGAAAAAUUAAGUUACAAACUGAAGGCUGUUUUUAGCUUGACUGCCAUUGAAAGUGAUGGUAACACAACUUAAAUUUUUUGCCUGAAGUUAUUAUGUACAGAAAAUUUGUUAAUAGUCAGUUUCAUGAAACUUAAUUUACAAACUUACAAACUUUUAGCCACUUGGUGUUAAGCUUUUGCUUCUGAAUCUUCUUUUUCUGUUGGGUAGGCCAACAUUUUCAAGUAAAAACCACAAUAAGCAUUAUUUCCCCUCUUUGCUUGUUAGGUCGAGUGUGGAUUUUUGCAGCAUUUGGUGAUGGCCUUUUGGAGAGCUAUAUCAGAUUAUUUGUAGAUAGUCAAAAGUUGGCAAAAAGGUUUUAUACAAAGUGAGUUAUUAGUAAUACCCAAAUCUAGACGUACAGAUUUAUUUGAAUGGUAAAAAAGUGGUUAUUUAAAAAACAAAUUCAAAAUUUUCCAUACUCUAACUUGCUCCCUAAUUAAUUAGACUGUUUUAUUUGUUCUCACCACCAAAAACAUGAUCUCUUGCAAGUUGAGGUGAUUCCUCGGUAUUGUAUUGCACAUCUUCUGCUGCAGAUAAAAAUCACAUAGUUAGGCGAAUAUAUGCACCCUCAUUCCUAGAACAUGGUUUGGUUUUCCAAUAAAUGGACCUGGUAAAGAGAGUAUGAUGGUCUUGAGCUCUUGAAAUAGCACAGUUACCAAUGUUUGUUAUUGUACAUUUAUGUUUUUGGUGUAAAAAUCAAUCCCUUUAAAUUGGAGAAAUUAGAAACAACUUCAUCAUAUGGAAAAAAAAUGUGGCUAAUAGCAUGUGCGAAGCACAUUACUCAUGGAUGCAAGUUAUGACCUUGAAAGCAACCUCUCAAGGAACAUUUUGAGAUGAUUUCAUUUGAAAUUGCAUAAUUUUUUCCCAAUUAAAUAUGAAAUUGUUUGGUAUACUCUAGAAUUUCUGUUUAUCAAGUUCUUUUCAAGCAAAACUUUUAAAAACCCUUGCUUCCAACUACUGCAAAAUGUAUGGGGAACCAAUGAAAUUAGGUUGUAUGAUUAGUGCCAGAAUAGGCAUAAAUAUGGUAAGUUUGGCCCAUCAUAUCUCCUAAACAAGCUCAGUGACCCAUCUUUUUUAUUGUACUUUUUAAAAGAGACAUUGGUGAGGAACAUCUAAGGAUUUAUCUUUUUUUUUUUUUUGAGGAAUCACCCUAACAAGCUCUCUUACCAUUCUUUUCUAUCUGUUUGUUUGUUUGUUUUCUUUUUUAAGAAAAGCAUUUGUGCGAGAUAAGGAGGUAGGUUUGCUUCUCUUACUCUUGUUUUUUUUUACUAAAUAAUAGCAGUAAUGUUACCAACAUAAAAACAUUUUUUUUUAAGUACAUUGUAAUAAAACAAUAUUUAUAUUUUGUAUUGAUCAUCAGUUUUUCUCAGAGAUUGCAGUGUUGUAGGAUGAAAAUGGAAUGCACUUUUUUAAGAAUUUUUUUUCAUUCACCCUGUUCUACUUUCUUUGGAGUUGUUAUCACUGCAUUGUUGUAUUCAUUAAUCUAUGCUAUUUAUUAAAAUAAAGAUAAUAAUUUAGUGAUACUGAAAACCUCAGUAUUUAAUUUUUAAAUGAAAAUGAUUAAAGCAACAGUCUGAAAGAAUGAAAAUUUCUAAUUUAUGUAUCAAAUGAAAUUAGAACAAUUUGUCUGAAAAAUAUGUUGAACUGCUCAGAAGUCACUGAUAGUACCGGUAAUAGAAUUUUCUCUCUUUUUGUUAGUUAUUCAGCACUAUUUUAAUAGUGUAUUAUACUUGUGUUUUCAAGGUUGAAUUGAAUAAUUGCAGACAUUUUUUCUUUGAUUCUAACUAACAGUUUGCAACCAAAUUAACCUGAAUCUACAAAAAGUACUGCAUAAUAAUUACCUAUAACUUUGGAACAUGCAUUUAGAAGACAUGUUUUCAGUUUCUUAUUACUUAAGUUGCAGUAACAUGUUUUCCACUCCUCUGAACUGUUUUGUUUUGUCGUAGUAAGACUUAUAUAAUGGCAUCUUUCAUUCUUCACAGAGACUUGCUUUAUUGCAGACUUUAGUCUCAGGUCUUGAUUAUAUCUCAAUUGUCUUGGACCAGGUAAGUUAAGUUAAUUAUUGACCAUCACUUUAAUCUCUGAGUGAUGAUAACAUCAGUUGCUUUUUCUUGGCAUUGGAAAAUUUUUAUAUGCAUUAUAAGACCUACCUACAUAUUUUGUAAAACAUUCAGAUUUAACAUUUGUUUGCUUCAAUUUAUUUUGGUUGAAGCACCAAAAAUCAAAGAAUAAACAGUUGUAGUGAUUUGGAGAUAAGGUCUUUUAUUACAAGUCACGCUUUCCAAAACUUGGUUGAUUUGCACUUUAAAGUUCUCUUUGACACAAGAAUCUUGUUGAAGACACUUAAAUGUGAAAUGAAUCAUGGGAAAUAAUUAAAUUAUUUAAAUGAAAACAGAGAAAUAUUUUAGCACCAAAUAAAAGUAGGCAAGAUGUACACGCAAAAGUCGAUAUCCAACUUCUUGAUUGAGUCACAUCUUUCAUAGUGAUUUCUAAUUCUUUAGACACAGUAGUCACAAUCUCAGGCUGGAAUCAAGUUGAUUAUUCACAUCUUAAAAACUUUCAAAAAUUUAUUUUAUGAAAUUCUUGUGGAAUCAUGUCAAGUUCUUUCAACAUUUCACUGAAAUGGCUGCCAUUGGAUCCCCCAGAUGUUGAGAUAUACAAAUGUUGAUUUGAUGUUGUGGCGGUGGCAUUUUGAGACAAAACCUUUGUUUUCUGAAACAUUGCAGAACAAAGCAAGCUGACUGUGUUUAAUAGUAAAAAUGGGCCAAAGAUGUGCUGAAACACAUGCUUUUUUUGGCACAGAACGCAAAAAAAGUGUGAAGGUUUUGUGUGUGCAUUGGCUAUCUAUCUCUAGGCUGUACUGUUACCCUUGAACUUUGCAUGUUAGGAAGCAUUAAACUUUUUUCAUUUAAUAUUGUAAGGCAAAGAUAAAUGUAUGUGUAUCGUUGAAAAUGUAUGUGUAUCGUUGAUAGAGAUCAAUAAGAGAAUACAGAAGCAUGCUUAAAGUGCAGGGUAUGUUCAAAUUGAAAUGGUAGUGAAAUAGUUGCCACAUCCUCAACAGCGUUUGGAAACUUAGUGUGGAACCACAGGUAAAGAAAUGGUCUUUAAAGAUGAGCUGUAACUGAGGUAAUUGCCUGAAAAGAAAGCCUUAAAAAAUUUAGGCUUCAAUGGAACUCAACCCUUUGCCUUCCAAGUACUAGUUGUAGUGUAGUGCAUGAAUUCCUGGACUUUGAUGUAUUAUUCUCUUUGUUAGGAAUCUCCUUAUCUUGGUUAUGGAACUCAGUAUUGUGAAGGUAAUGAUAGAUGUAAUUGUAAUGGUGGUAAUACUAAACAAAAGUAACCAUAAUGAUGACAAUGAUGGUGAUAGUAAUAACAAUAGUGAUGAAAAUCAUGAUAAUGAUAAUGAUAACAAGGAUGAUGUCAUAAACCUGUAAGUUUUUUUUUGAGUCAUGGGCAUAGGAUUUUUUGUAUAGGUCACUGUCAUAUCUGAAGAGGCCAAAAUAUUCCUGAAAACAUGCAGAAAAUUUCAAAAGACACCUUAGAAGAGUCUCAACAGAACCUUCUCUCCAUUGCUCUCCCAAUAUUCGGCCUCAGCUUACAUGUACAUGUACAUGUAUUCUACUGGGUAGAUUUUUAGAAAAUGAAUCAGCCAAGGCUCAUGUAGUGCAUAGUUUUUGUUGUGUGUGUGAGAAACUGCAAUUUAUUGGCAGACAUGAUCAUUAUGAUUCUUAAUGAAUAUCAUUUCAUAAUUAAAAGUAGCAAGAUUAAAACAUGACCUUUCAGUGAUGACAUGUCACCACUUUCAAAUGUAAAAUUAUUUGUAAAUAGAAUAAGAUAUGGUAAGUUUUGAGCUUGGUAAAGAAAUAGGGAAAGAUAGACAUUUUUCUCUGUAAAAUUAUUAUUAAUAAGUUCAGUGAUGUUAAAUAUGAAGAAAGGAAAGUGUGAAACUGAUUAAAAUUACCAGUAGUAUAAAAAUGAGAUAGAGUGAAACAAAAGAAUGUAUAUAAUUAAAUGAACAGUUUCACUGGAAUAGAGUCUUUUUUAAUGUUCAGAGUUGGUCUCUUUUUCCUUAUUAAAAGUAUCUUGUAAAUAAGGCACUCAAACACACCUUCCUUUCUUGAUAUAACAUCAUUGAACUUACAAUAAUUUUACAUGAUAAUGGUGACAUGUUGCUGAAGGUCAUGUUUUAAUCUCGCUACUCAUGAAAUAUUUUUCCAAAUUAUUGAUGAAUAUCAAGACAUAUGGUAUUAUGUCAUGUGGUGUUAUUUAAUUAUGUCCUCUUAAGAGUGUUCCUCUAAAGAGUGUGCUCAUUUUUCAUGUAAAUUCAAUAUUAAGUAUUACUUGUGUUCUAGUGGAUGGCAAGUGUCAGAGGACACUUGUAACAAUGGGUAAAGAUGCUGAGGGAGUUGGCAUCAGUUCAGGCAUCAAAGGGGAUGACAACAAUAGCACAGUUAGCAGCAGCUUAUCAAGCUCAUCAACAAUAGCUACACCAUUGAGUCCAAGGAGUUAUCAUUCUAGUGGAUUAAAUGAAAUCAAUGGGGAAGAAAAUGAAAAUGUAUCUGACCAAAAAGUACAUGUCCAACAGACUGAUCAGCAUGAGACUCAGUUUUGUGACCAGUCUGGCAAUGAAGGUCAUAAACAAGAAACUACUUCCAGGCUCCACUAUAACAAACACUUUCAAAUACAGCAGUUUACAGAAGAUGGGGAUGUGGGGUUUGAACUAAUAGAUAACAGAAACAAAAAGCAAAUGACACAAAGAAUAGAUCAAUUGGUAGAUGCAGAACAGAACAAAGGAAAAAAUUACCUAGAGGUGCAGCAUGUUUCAUCUGGUCACAACCAUAUGCAUAAAUGGCCACCGGAUGUGCCCUCUGUAGGUUGUGAAGAUGCUCCUGAAGAACUGUCCUGUGAAGGUGGGUCAUAGAUGUUGCUUUUUCUUAAAUAAACUGCAUUUUUAAUAACAUAUAAAUCAAAUAGGGUAAGCAAAAGAUCACAACCUAAAAAUCCUAAGGGAGAAAAUAUAUUCUUUCCCUAUGAUUGAUUUCAGAAGACUUACUGCACAUGUCAAGAUUUCAGAGGUCACAAGAUAGCCACUCAAGUUGUAGCCCAACCAACAGUGUACAUUCAACAGAUUCUAUGGACCAGUUUUGUAGAGACUUUGACUCUAGUUUAAAAGUUACCAGUGAAAUGUCCCUAAACAGUGCCACUCUUCAGUUGUGUGAUAAUACUGCUGGUGGACAGCCAGACUCCUAUGAUGCAGAAAAAAAUUCAACGCAUGGAGUUUUCAGUGAUGAUGGCCUUCUGCAAACUGUAACAGCAGCAGAAACUGAAAAACGAUUAUCAGAAGCUGAUAAUUCACCUAGUUAUGAAGGUAAAAAAAAGGUGCAAAAGUUGUAUGGACAACUGUAUUUGCUCAUUUACACAACCUCACAACUGAUGGUAGUCUUAGGCUUCCUUUACAAAUUUGCAUACAAGAUAUGUACAUCAUCCAAAUUCGCUUUUGGAAAACAAUAUUGGGGAUGUUCCAAUAAACAGUUGUAAAGUGGAGUCUUGUGUUGGCCAAUUUAACAUGUAUUUUAGGACAGUUGCCAAGAAUAAAACCAUCAGUGGCUACCACAUGCAUAUCUGCAGGCUGAUAUCUGAUAUAUUUUCUGUACUUUGAUUUGAUUUGAGAUUGUAAUAAAUGGAUAUCACUUACCUCACAGGUAAAUGAGCAUCUUAAUGUUUGAAUCAACAUCAAUUACAUUGUUCAGUUUAGUGGUCUUAAGUGGGUGGCUCAUAAUUAUUUGUAGAGUGGCUGCUUUCACUGACUAAUUGGUGCUUCCACUCUAUACCAUUUCUGGGGGAGGAGGUUCAAAUCAAGAAUAAUUGUGCCUGAGGGCAUUGUUUUGACUUGAGGGCUGUGGUGGUUGUAGCAAAUUUACACACUGUGGAGGUAUACUGUUUUCUUGAUGUGGUAAAGCAAAAUUUCUACCAGCCCCUCAAGGAUGGUAAGGAUAGUUAUGAAUCAUUGUCUAAUUUAUGUACAGGUGUAGGUGCUGUAAAUAUCCUCACACUUGUUGCUGUUUUGUAAAUUUUUUCUUUGAAUGACAGAAUUCUUCUAUUAUGUCUUAGGGAUAAUAUUAGGCAUUCCAAAACGACCCUCACUGCACCAGACCCCAACAACAUCUUGUGAUGUAAGGUAUGCUUGAUAAUGUCUUGAGUAAAUUUGUAAUGGGCAUGGUUGAACUAACUAGUGAUGUUACAGCACAUGAAAAGGGAAGGAGAUGCUCAACUUAUCAUAUGAAAAAAUUUUCUUUCUAGGUUAGUAGUGUACCCCUGUCGGCCAUCAAGAAUUCAGAUUUGUGAAGCAUAUAUUUACUUUAGGUUUUUAAUCAAAAUGUGUGAAAGAUGAAUAAGUAAAUACAUGUAGAUGAAUGAAUUCAUAAAUAAUAUAAUUAUAAAUAUGUUGUGUUUACUUAACUUCAUUUAUUGUUUGUGAAUAUGGAGGCCAUCUUUGUGGCUAUGAACACUACAUUGAUAUUCAGGCCUGUACAUGAUUUGAACCCAUGGCCUCUGCAAUACCCAUGCAGUGUUCAUCAACUGAGCUAACAAGCCAACUGGGAGCUUGUCAUUGUUUUGGUUUGUAAUAAACUCAUGAAAUGAUAAAUCUAUGGCUGUGAAUCUAUGAAAACCAUGUAUGUGAACUGCAGUUUAAGAAGUGAAUAUGAAAGUCAUCUUUGCAGUAAUGAAAACUCCAUAAGCAAUAGUGAAAUAUUAAAUAUAAAAAUAUUUUAUGUAGAAAUUUAUUGUUUUCAUUACUGCUUAAGUAGUCUUCAUUGCUGUGAAGAUCACUUUCAUUUCUUUUUUUCAAUCGGUUUUUCACAUAUAUGACUUCAUUUAUUCACAAUCAUGUAUUCGUCACUUAUUGGGUUUAUUAAGAACCAACAUAAUGACCAGCUCCCAGUUGGCUUGUUAGCUCAUUUGGUAGAAUACUGUACCAAUAUUGCAGAUGUCAUGGGUUCAAAAUUUUUUAAAGCCUUAUUUUCACUGCUUCUUAAUGAGAUUGGAGUAGCACUGCAGAGAUUGCUUUCAUAUUUAUUGCUUAAACGGCAGUUCACAUAAUCAUAUGGUUUUCAUAUUCACAGUUUUUGAUUAUUGUUUGUGUUUGUGCUAAUGCGGGUGCAGUGUGAUGUUUUGAGUGGCAUUACUAAAGAAAUAUGUGUUUAGGGUGGAUCAGAAUAGGAUGCUGCUAUUGUCGUUGGAAGUGUUUGAGAAGAACAGUGAGCAGUUUCACAGGGUGAGAAUCUAAUCAUAUAUUUAUUUGUUUUACCUUUACUAUCCAUAGAAUCUGCCUGACUCUUUUACUCAGUUGUUCUUAAAGGAAAUCCUCAUAAAGAUUAGUCAGUAUUUAAUGCUAACCACAAACCCAUCCUUCUUGGCUAGGACUACAUUUCGACUUAUUGCAUAAAUGCGGUUGCUUCGUUACAGAUGCUGGUGUGUAUGUGUGGACUCCCUGGUAGUCGGUUGUAUUUUAUUAACCUCCUCCUCACGGAUCAUGCGGUUUAUCUUCUAAGCAAAGGUAUUAUCUGCAAAAUGAUAUGAAGUUAUUAUUGAAAACAAACUGAAGAGUGACUGUGAAUCUAAGAAAAUCAUAUAUGUGAAAUGCGGAUCAAUGAAUGAAUAUGAAAGUGAUCUUCGCAGAAAUGAACACAAGGCCUAAAAUAUUCAGGCCUGUACGAGAUUUGAACCCAUUUCCUUUGCAAUACCGGUGCAAUGCUCUUCCAACUGAGCUUACAAGCCAACUGGUAACUAGAAUUUUCGAGGCCUUAUUUUCACCACUACUUAAAUAGUGUUCAAUACCUGCGAAGAUCGCUUUCAUAUUCAUUUCAGAUAGCAGUGUUGAUUAUUCAUGCUUAUUAUAUGUAUAUCUGAAGGCAGAAAAUAAACAAAAAUCAGAACAUUUCAAAUUAAUCUUUAUUGUAGUAUUGUUAAGAUUACUGUAGAGGGUGACCAGAAUAAGAAAAGAUAGGUUUGCUAAUAUUAAGUUGUUAGUAUGUGAGUUCACUUUUUUUUUUUUUUUUAAAAAAAAAAACUUUGUGGUAGCGUAUAGAAUAGUAUGUUGCUCGCACCAAUCAGAUCGCCGCAUAAGGGUAUGUACCUCGUACUAAUCAGAUCGCCGCAUAAGGGUAUGUAUCUCGCACCAAUCAUAUCAUAGCAUUUGAAUAUCUUACGCCAAUCACGUCUGGGUAUUGUUUUCUUGUAAAUGAUGUCAUGGAUCACGGGGCUAUGCACAAAGAAUGACAUUAAUCAGAAAUACUGGGCACAUUUGAUAAGUGUAAUGGUUUGUGGCCUUCGCGAGAGCCUCGUCGAUUAAGGUUGAGAUUUUAUCGGGAUAUGAAAGGUACGCAUUUAAAUUUUCAAAUUAAAACGUUUUUUUUUUUUUUCCGCUCCUUUACUCUCAGCGCACACGCCAAACAACUUACAUUCCAUCACGUACCAUGAAAACAGCGUCCCAAGUCCGGUCAGAACAUGCCCAAUCAUUGCACUACAUGAACAUUAGGCAAUUUUUCACGUGCUUGAAUUGUAUUUCACCAAUCAAAUUCCAUUUUGCCGCAUCGGACUUCGCUCUAUCACGUGUCAAUUUCUUGUAAACAACCCGCAUUUCAUCACGUAUUCUAACUGCAUUGUCCGACCCUACUGAAAAAAUUCACAAGGAACUAAAUGCUGAUAUUGAGUUUUUUCCACGCAAAUCUCCCGUGUUUGACUUUUUCUACAAAUUAAAGUCGCUUUUAGUUACCUUGGACUUAACCCAAUUGCGUGUUAAUUCCUUGUAAACAACCUAAUUUUUAUCACGUAUUUCACACAUAGAGAGCAAAGUCCAGAUACACAACAACCAAUCAAGGAGCCCUUUUUGAAAUAUAAUCCUUUUCUCUUGUUCAGAGUUCCUUCACUUAUUCGAGAUCUCAAUAUAUCUUUAGUUAAGGUCCACUAGAAGUACAACAGAGUUUCAGUUUGCAUUUCGUAGUAAAAUUACGCGGAAUUAUAUUUUUGAAGUAACUAACUGUAGAAACGCAACCGUUAUUUGAUCUCGUCAGGCAACGCGCUCUUUCUCAAACGGGAAAUGGAGGGUGUUACGUGACGAGACCAAACAACGGCUGCGAAGGAGACAACAAUAAGCGUAGCACCGAUGCAUUUCAUUUUAACUUAGAAGUAUUUAGACAAUAGAGACCGUAUAUCACAUAAUAUAGAGAUUUAGCCACGCCUAAAAGCGGAGCUCGCAUUUUUUUUCCCCGCACGUCUUAAGGGCACAACGCCUUGCCCCGGCUAGGACUAGAACCCGGAUUGCCCAACUCGGUGCCCAGUGCACUGACCACUGGACUACUGAACAAAGCCGUGGCGUUGGCGUGCCCGCGGUACAGUUGACCACGCAUGUUGAAAGUAGCACCUUGUACGGUCGUACACCCAAAUUUUUUCGGCUUGAUGGGUUACUACUAUUUUGUAUAAUUAUGGGGCUACGCUCUGCGAGCUCCGCUAAUAUCUGUGCGAAUUCAGAUAAAUUAGGGUUUUUUUCUAUCUUUCUGCGAUAUUUUCGCUUUUUGAGAGUUAUGCUCUUUUCGGCGACAAAAAUGAAAAUAUUAAGUACACUAACUGUCCCAUCUCAAUCCAUCCAGCCAAAAAAAUAACUCUUGCAUGCUAUGCAUGCCUAUGUUUAAAUUGCGGUUACAGAUCAUAAAAUCUACUCUCCCUUAGUCUAUUUUGAGAGCUUUCAUUCCUGUCGCAGUCUCUCCCAUUCUGCCAUUAGCAUUUAUUCCAGACACAGUCCUUCCUGCCAAUUCUUUGUUCAAUUUACUUGAAGUCUGUUGUCUCUUCUUAUUCUGCCCUAAAAGUUGGCUGGCCUAGUUGUGUUGUCUCUUUGGAAAGCAUUAACUACUGUAAGAAACAUAUAAGCAAGAUGUAUUUUAGUUUAUGUGCCUCUGGUUUUGCAGAAUUUUAACAUCAGCUAUUUUUUAUCUUUAGCACCAUCCCACAAUGGAAAGGGCUUUCAAGUUCAAUCAGCAUUACCAUUUACAACUCUGAAGAAAGUAGAGGUACUCUCAAAUUACAAUUUACAUUGCAGACCAUUUUGUGUAGUUUCACGCAAAAAAUACAAUUUUCCUACAAUAAAGAAAUUGAUAUUUUAAGAUUCUCAAAAUGGCACUGAAAUUUUGAUUGACUUGAUCAUGGUUAUAUACCUUGUGCAUGUGAUAAAGCGUGGUUUGGAGGACUUUUUUAGUUAUGGCUAUCAAUUUAUAUCGUUAUUUUGUUAAGAGAUCAUUUUGCUUCCCUUCAUAAUACCUUUCAGGUUGGUCUGAACUGUCAAACAGUUACUCUGGUAUCCAAAUCUCGAAAAAUUUUCUUAUUUAUAGCAGAUGAGGCUGUUACAAGGUAUGGUUUUGAAGAAGCCUUAUUCCUACCAUUUUUAUGCAAUACUGGCAAGAAAUUUGAACAAUCUUAAAUUCGUACUAAAAAAAUCAAAACUGUCCCAAAAUGUUUAAGCUGCAGUAAUGUUUGAGCUUUCAAAAUGUUCACAGUACAGCAGAAAACUUGAAGAACGUUAAAGAAAAUUAAUGUAUUUUCACGGGAGAUACAUGUGCCAACAUAUCUGUUCCAGGCCAACAUGCUCAACCUGAAAGCCACUUAAGGCUUUAUAGAUCCCUAUUUGAGACAUUAGUUGAGGUCCAUAUCAUCUGGACAAAUUCGUGAUAGACUGUUUCAGAAUUUUCGCUAAGUGUCCCUGUCAUGGCAAGCAAUGUGAUCACCUCAGGCGUUUUUUAUGCUCUCUGUGUGUCGGCUUUCUUACGGAAAGAAAUCUUGUCUGCCGAUCGCCAAAUCUUAGAGGGUGCAAGGAAUUUGGAGCAAAAAUAAUAGGAUUUUGGGCCACGGAAAGUACCGUGCCUCUUCAAUUGAGACGAACAGGUUUACGCUUACAACAGGUAAUGCAAAGUUUUAAAAUAUACGUUAAUUACAUGCAGUGUUAAUUUCAUGAAGAGUCAAUUUCCUAUAAUAAAGAGUUUAACUGUGCAAAGUGAUGAUGCAACUGUUGCCUUUUUUUGGAUAGGGAUUUUCUUUCAUCAUUGACCAGUAUGAUACUCAAAUCAGGCCAUGGAUCCCUGCUCACAAAGAUUAUUUCUACUUCCUCAUUUGAGCAAGAAGUUUCAUUAAAGAAGUGGAUCUCUGAACUUGAAAACCUCCAGGUAAAAGUUGGAAUGAAUCUUAUUCCAGGAGAGCCAACGGUGGAUAGAACUUAUUACAUUUAUUUCAUUAUUUCACUAGUCUUAGUAUAGAUGCCGGACACUUCUACAGUAACUCAGGAGGAAUAGCAAGAAAUAUGUUAUAUUAAUGGCGUAUUCCUUCAUAGAUUAGAGAUUAGUUAGCAGAUUGAAGAAGUUCUUCGCAGGUUAAACACAUGGUACAAACCCGGCUCUACUGGAGGGCAAAUUGUCAAAAUCAAUUGUAUAAGUCGUUAUAAUUCUUUCAAAACAAAGGGACUCAUCAGUAUAAAAACCAUGAAUUAUAACGAUCUUGAUUGUGAAUUUUGUUAAUGGGAUAAUGUGUGGGCUGAUUUACACAGUGAUUCUUCUAGUAUCUUGAGGAUAAGAGUUUCUACAGACAGCGUAGUGUGAUGAAUUUUUUUUAUUUUCUAGGCUUCGAGUUUGUGUUUGUAAAUCAAUGGUAACUAUUACCUAUAGAAACAUAACUUCCAAAAUUAAAAGAAAUGUGAUCUAGUUUUUAUCACGUGUUCAAAUGAGAUGGCCUUUGGCGUGACCUUUACACUGUGUCACUGUUGUGGUUGCAGUCGUCCAGUGUGGACAUCAGGUGUUUUACUUUUAUUCACUGGUGUGGACUAACCGGACCGGAUUCCAGCAUUGAAGUUCUCAGUCACAAAAGUACGUGUACUGUAUAUUAGAAUUAAGAGUCGAUAACUAAACGGCAACACUUGCCGUGAUUGCCACAGUAGAUUUAGACAGAUGUUUAUUUCUUCCCAGAUGCGAUCAGUGAUGUUAGACCCUGGUGAAGAGGGCUCGCCCUUGAUUACUAACAUUCUUCGAAUUGUUAUUUUUUUUCUCACUUCCAAUUUAUUUUAACCAAAGUUUAAAGGUAUAUCAACUCUAAAAAUGAUACUUAUAUGUAACUGGACGUGACCUUCUCGGAAUUUGGGAAGCCAUAUUUCAAGUCUUCAAAAUCAGUUUUUCGUUUUUUUGUUGUUUUUCGCUUUGCUUUAUUACACGAUAGAUUAAUUUUGCUUAAACCGUAAAAGAAAUUCGAAAGUUAUUCAGGUAUUGUUUUGAUAAGCAAAGCCCCCAUUAAAAGUUUAAACAUUUACAUUUCGCUUCACUAAUCUGGCGUUAUAAUUGUUGACGUGGCUUUAACUGCUAGUUAGCUGCGUUCAAGAUUUGGAAAGAUUAUUAGAUUAACGGUCACGCUCAUCGACAUCAUGGUUUUCAUGUUUGAAAAUAACUUUCUGAUUUCACUUCAUUGGAAUUCGCGAUCUUACUCCCUUUGCAUAUUAUUUAAGCGUGGUCAAGUGAAGUCAGUCACUCAGUCAUUCAUUCAUUGUUUCAUUUUUAUACCGUAUUCAUUCGAUUAAACGCCGCGGCGUUUAUUAAAUUUUUCGUGAUUCAAGGUCGGUGUUUAUACGAGGGCGGCGUUUAAUGAAAAUCCAACUUAUUAUUUGCAAAAAAAAGUAUGGUAAUUGCCCGUUAAAUUAAAAAAAAAAACAGAAACAUGUUUUGAUGGUUGUCUAAAGUGUCACUUUUUAUACUGUUCUCAAUUGCACAAGUUGUGCAAGAUCUUAUGUCGGAUAUGCUUUCUCGACAUCAGAACUGGUACGUCAAAAGGAUUUGUGUCUGGUUCACUCAAAAUUUCUAAAUGUGAUCGAAUAAACUCCGCAGGAUGAUGCGGCGUUUAUUCAAGGGCGGCAUGUAAUCGAAUAACUUCAAUAUGUAUUACAUGUUUCAGGCGUUAAAGAAGGUUACAUGGACUGUAAGCAAGCACAGUAUUUAAGAUCCUACAAAUGGACCACCAGCUAUUUUGUGUUAAUGUAAGUAUAUAUUAGUUAGAACAUAUGAUGGCAUUUGGAAUGUUUAGAUUAACUUGAAAUCGUAUUUUGUUCUUGCUGUAGGAAUGGAUCCCUGUAUCAAUAUGUGAAGAAGGUGAGGUUGUUUAAUGAGCUGAGUUUUGUUAGAUGGUGAAUGCCACGCCUAUUUUUUUUUAACCCAGAGGCUAGUAAGUAUUUGGAAAUGAGAGCGGGUUAAGGCUAAAAAAAAAUCGUAACUUACUUUGUUAGUUUUAUUAAGAUGGAAAGAAAAAUGGUAAUAAGUGACACAUAUCUUGAGUCGCAGGAUUUCGGCAGAAGCUAUUUAACAAAUACACAACAGUAGUACACUCUCGUUAAUGUAAAUGAAUUUGUGGAAAAUUUUAUUGCAAUAAGUGCAUAUAUACAACGGGGUUUAUUUAUAAUUUAUGACUCUCGCCUAAGAGAGAAGUUCUCGACCUUACUGUUUAUAGUGAAGUAGCGGUUUUAAUUAUUAUAUUUAAAGAAAACUAACUUACUGUGAUAAUUUUUUGGAAACAUUUUUUAAAUUGGUUCUCUGUUUGUUUUGUAUAGGGUGAUGAAGAAUGUAAAGUUAUUGUAGAGCUGAGGUGAAGAUUUUUCGCAGCUUAGAAAUUUGUUUGUUCAAUUUUGGAAGUCAAUUUAAGUUUUCAUUCUUUAAGGUAUAAAUAUUUACAUUUAGGCAUAUUUACAUUUCAGUCUAACUAUUUACAUUUAAGUAUAGUUACAUUUUUGUAUGAAUAUUUACAUUUUAGAGGAUCCCGAUGUGGAGGUUGCCGAAGAGUUGAUGAUGCUGACCGCCCUUAUGCCUUUGAGGUAAACAGCAGUAACUUUGCUGAAUUUUUUUCCUCAAUGAGCAUGUGUAACUUUGUUGGGUUGUCACGUUGUAGGUUGUAUCAGAGGAUGGCUCAUCCCUUCUUGUCCUUGCAGCCUAUAGCGAGGAUGAAUCUGCUGAUUGGAUAUUUAGGAUUUGUCAAGCUACUGCUGAUACGGUAGAGACAUAUCACAAAUCUUCUUACUGUUUCUGUUUAUUUGUUUGUUUUUAUUGCUAUUUGUCAAUUUGUUGCUCUAGAGGGUUUUACCGCUACAGCAACAUCAGACAAAGGUGGAACGCAGAAUUUUCAGUUCCAACCAAAUAGCGCUAAACGGAUGAAGUAAUUAUUUUGAAAAUAUGUCUUACAUCUUACUUUAUCCUUGUUUCGCCUCAUCAAUUGGUGUUUUGUUUCGUAGUCUGAAAGCGUUGAGGAAAUGAGCCCUACAGUUAUGAAAUGCGUGCCUUCUUGUCUUAUCCUCACUAAUGUCAAAGUAGGUAAUACUUUGUUAUGGCCAGGCCUGUCUGAUAGUCUGUUCGGAACUGGGGACAUUGAUUUAAGAAAAUUAAAGGGUUUGCAAAAAUGCCCACACUUAACCGAUAUCAAGCAGGUGAUCAAUGGAUUGGGAUUAAAGAUGUUUGCAUGCUUCGUCGUUAAAAAGUUAAUUUGGAGUUUUGACACUUGCCGUGUUUUGGCAUUCCAAAGAGGCAUCUAACGUUCCCAAAAUUGAUGAAAUGAAGAGAUCCUCGCAGCUAAGAACACUACUGAAACGAGUAGUUGAAAAUAGUACCUGAAAAAAAUUCAGGCCCGUACAGGAUUUAAACCCAUGACCUCUGCGAUACCGAUGCAGCGCUCUACCAAUUGAGCUAACAAGCCAACUGGGAGCUGGUCAAUGUGUUGGGUCAAAUAAACCAUCCAAGUGAUGAAUGAUGAUUUUGAUGAUCAUGUUCUGUACGUUUCAGUAGUGUUCUUAGCUGCGAGGAUCUCUUAAUUUCAAUUCUUUACCGCAGUGCAAAUAUAUGAAUUUCAUAUAUCUAAAAUCAUCGUUCCCAAAAUUGUUUUUAAAUGUGCUAGAAAAAUGGGUGCGCAUGUCGCUAGUUUCAGUUUAGCAACGUGACCGUUCAGUUUAAUUUUGACGCGAGAAAGUCCCACUUUUAAGCUCAUUUGAUAAUAGAUUUUAGAUUUUUAACUACGUAGCACAAUUAGUUUCACAUGCUUUGUAAAGGGGUAAUUUGAAGGUUUUAUGAUUUUUGUGGCAAGCUCUCCUUUGAAGUAAAAAUGAAGUCACUUAUCAUGGCAUAUCUUUUCUACAUAUUCAAAAUAAUGCCUUAUUUGUCUACGUCACUUUUAAGAUUUUGGCGUGUCUCCCUAAUCCAACUAGAGAAGAAACGUUUCAGCUGCUUAGUGAAUGUUCUGUACAAAGUGUGACAAGGCUAUUUGUGGACAAUGAUGUCAGGAACUAUUGUAUUUUGGUAGGUGGGCCUAAGUCACCUGUUAGUCGAUCCUUUUUCCGUUUCCCGACACGUUAUCUUAUUUUAGGCCCUGAAGCAGAUUUUUCCAAUUUUUAUUUGUGUGUUCAUCAGCCUUAAAUUAAUGAACUACGAAUUCAGAACUAGUCAAAUGGCUAGAAAAACGUUUGUUAGUGUCUGGUGACGAUAAAAGCUUCUUCUGCGAAGAUCAAUGUAUUAUGGAAGAAUUUAUUUUUCUGAGAUUUUUCCGUGUACUGUGUCUGAGUUGAUUGUUGAUAUCGCUAAGUUUUAUUUAGUAUCUCUUCACGUAACCAUAAGCCUCAUAGCUUUGCAAAUCUGAAUGAACACUCAAAUCAAAUAGGGGUUUCAAUAAAAGCCGGUUACCGGCGGUCUACCGCCGCCCAUAAGACCUCUUACUGCCUUCUGUAGAGCCAGCGAGCAGACCCUCGUGUUAACGGCCCCUUUUCCGGGCAUAGCUACACCUAUCACAUUAUCGACAGCCGCUUGUGAAAUAAGUUAUUGAAACCCCUGUUUGAGCAGGCUCCUGUGUGCUAUGGAAGUUGGUUACCGUCACGGUCGAGUGAGCACUUUAUGUCACUAUGUGUAACCUCUAAACCAUCGCAUUUUGUUUUGCACCUUUAAGGAGUUCGAACACAGUGAAAUCACCUCUACAGAGUCCUCUUGGUUUAUUUGGUUUAAAACGGAGUAUGAACUAGCAAAGUUUGAACGUGCUCUGCUGGAAGCUUGGCGGGAGCUCUUCCAGGUUUGUCUAGUCUCGGUAAUUGUACUUCAGAAAAUACGUUAAUUUUACUCUCCAGCCACAUUAACCAGCCGAAAGGCACAUAUGUGGUCUUAAUUUCAUCUCACAAUCUGUAGUCACUUUAGAGUGUGACCCAGGCACAGAUGCUGAAACCCUCGCGACCUUUACUACUUCAAAAUGAUCUUAAGGUAUUUGAGAAGAGUUCCUCUUCCCUUUAGAAACAUGAAAAGAACAAAAUGCCUGUUUAAUAUACUUCUUUAAUCGUUUUCGUUUUCCCUCAUCACUUCCUCAAAACCGUUGUUAUCACAAAAAGAAAAGAACAUUUAAGUGCCUUACAUCACCAAAUGUGUCCGAACUUUGGUUAUCAAUACCGCUUCCUUUUUGGUUUUGUUUUGUUUGUUCGUUUUAACGAGCUUGUGGUGAUUGGAUUUUAAUUUAUUCAACAGAUCGAUCUUCAGUUUCUUGUCUUGGGUGAAGGAUUCAUUCGCGAAAAAGCAAGACAAUUAGCAAACAACAUUGAAGAUUUGUAUAAAACCCAACUUGCUUAGCUUUGCUUCCAUGUAGUCUUUCUGAACUGUAGUCCGUUAAUAUAAUGUACAUUAGUAUUCGGUGUUUGUGCCAACUGCUAGCGUUAUUAUACCGGAGUUUCAUUACGAAUGACUCUAGCUACGUGUAGACUGUAGCCUAUGAUUACUUUCAGUAGUUAUAACCUUUUGGAUUUUUCCAUAAUAUGAAAGGUGGUUUUACUGAGAACAGUAACAUUUUUUUCUUACAUUUUCUCCUUUUUUCCCCAAUGUCAGAAAUUUGUAAAUGGCAUAGUUACAGCACAUAACGGACCAAACAAUUGUUG